AAAAUAUUCAAUUGUUUCUACUGUGAGAGAUGAUCUCAUAUAACAGCAUUAAGUUAUUGUCUUUUUUUCAGAAAAAAAAAAAGUGCAUGGCUGUCUCAGGGAUAAUGAGGUCACUUUAAGGGUGACUUUAUUCAAAUCACUUGGGAGGAGGCUUUGUGAGGAAAAUGCAAAUGUACAAGCUCUGAAAGAAGACAGAAGAAGUUGGGCUGAAAGCGGAAGGCUUCUCUCCGGUUCUCCCCUCACUUGGCCGGUAAACAAUCUGUUUUCCUCCGCGUUCACGAUGCAGCUUUAUGGAGCUCUGGUGCUGUUUAUGACUCUGUCUGCAGCAUGUGGAUUAAGAUGCUACACAUGCACAGCCACCGACCCUCACUCCUGCACGGACACCAAAUCUUGUUCUGUCAUCUUCAACCGUUGUUUCUCUCUCAGAUUAGAAGGUUAUAACAUGGUUACCAAGGGCUGCCAAACCAGCUUAUUAUGCACAGGUUCCAUGGCUUGCUGCGAGGGGAACUUGUGUAACAGUGCCACACCAACUGGUCCCAGUGUCAUCCUCCUGCUGGUGUCCUUGGCCAUGAUCACGCUCUCUGCUUUCAUAAGAAACGCAACUAGGUUUCUAGACAAGACUGGUGGAUUGGACUAUAUAAGGGCGAGCUUCAGCAGAGUGGACAUCUUGUCUCCAGUACGCAGUCUAUUAAACAUCUGUUUUUUCUCUCCGUUCAUGAUGCAUUUCUAUGGAGCUCUGAUCCUGCUUGUGACUGUGUCUGCAGCAUGUGGAUUGGAAUGCUACUCAUGUGAAGGCAAAACCUGCAGUGACAAGUUAACUUGUCCCGUCGGUAUUGACCGUUGUUCCAGCAUCAACGUGAACGGUGCCAUCGUCAAGAGCUGCAUGAGCAAUGUUUUAUGUGUUGACCCCAUAAAGUGCUGUAACACAGACUUGUGUAACAGCGCUACACCCACUGGUUCCAGUAUCCUCCUCCUGCUCGCAUCCUCAGCCAUUAUCACACUCUUUCUCUGAGGCACUGGAGCAGCUACAGCUUCACAAUAUUUCUCUUCUUUCAUACCCAAUUUGUACAACUCAAGAAGAGUAAACAAAGUCUCAAUAUGUAAAAGCUGACUGCAGGUCGAUAUUUGUUCAAUAAAAACACUUGUUCGACCA